UCGGUCAAUUGUGUUUUUGUGUUCAAAUCGCGGGAUUGACCCUGUUCUACAUUCUUAGUGAAGUUCUGUUUGAAUCAUUGAUAGCUUGGUUUCACAAUCUGUCCAACGGGCGAGCAACGAGCGAAGAGCAAACAAACCGCAAACCUGAACCACAUCCACAUCCACAUCCACAGAUCAGAGACCAAAAAUAAACCACCAGAGAACCCCACAAACACCACGGACGCAAUGCUCUCCUCACUUUGGGGCUCCAAGCCCUCAUCCUCAUCUCCAUCCAACGAACCCGCCAAACCAAAUGACCAACAACCCUCCACCACCACCACCCCUCCCCAAAACCAACCCGAAAACCAACAACCUCAAAAAGACUCCCAAUUCCCCCAACGACCCCUAAAACUCCUCCUCGCAGGCACAACCUUCCUAACCCUCUCCCUCUACCUAACCCGCCGCGCCCUCCGCGCCCGCCGCCUAACCUCCAUCCCCCCUUACUACACCUCCUCCACCUACCACCACCCUCCCGUCAACGGCGCCCUCGACGCCUUCGAAGCAUUCAACCUCGCCACAAUCAACGUGGUAUCUUUCGCGAUGGUGGGGACGGGGGGUGUGAUGUGGAAAUUGGGUGUUAAUGAUGUUGAGGAUGCGAGGAGGAUUACGAGACGGUUUAUUGUGGAGGAGGGGACUGGGGAGGGGGUUGAUGGGGUUUGGGGUGGGGAGGUGAAUAGUGGGAAGGAGGAGGAUGUGGAGGCGGAGAAGGCGAUUGAGAGGUGGGUUGUUGAGACGUUGGGGUUGAAAGGGUAUGAGGAGAAGAAGAGGGAGAUUUUGGAGGAGAGGGCGCGGACGGAGGGGGGGAAGAGUGAGAGGUGAUUGCGGUUGGUUUUUGUGUUGGAUGGACGAUGGAGGAUGGAUGUACGAGUAAACAUGCUACGCCACUCAUGCAAAUAAUACAAUGUACAAUUAGUAACGAAUGACGAAGACGGUUAUCCAUUGCGCUAUCCUGAAUCCCAUAUAAACCUAUUCCAGCCGCUCAUACCUCUCCCUCGCCGUCUGCCUCGUCUUCUCCAAAAACUCAUCAUACCGAUUCCUCGUAUUCCUCCCCGCCUCCUCAACAGCAUCCCCGAUCUUACUCCCCUGCG